AUGAAUAAGAUGAAAAUGUUGCGCAGCAAUCCCCUGCGAGACACAGUUGAUAACGUAGAGCCUGUCCUGCGAGACACAGUUGUUGUCGCAGAGCCCGUCCUGCAAGGCACAGUUGAUGUCGCAGAGCCUGUCCUGCGAGGCACAGUUGUUAUCGCAGAGCCCGUCCUGCGAGGCACAGUUGAUAUCGCAGAGCCCGUCCUGCGAGGCACAGUUGAUAUCGCAGAGCCCGUCCUGCGAGGCACAGUUGAUGUCGCAGAGCCCGUCCUGCGAGGCACAGUUGAUAUCGCAGAGCCCGUCCUGCGAGGCACAGUUGAUAACGCAGAGCCCGUCCUGCGCUUUCGCCGUCGAUUGCAGCGUGCAUUGUCCCUGUCACCCCCCGAAUCCGAAGAUGCUCGAAGCCACUCGGGAUCGGUUGCGGUUGAUACCACAGAGGAAGAAGAAGUCCCUCAGGAAGAGAAUGACUGCCCUCGCCCCCCGGGAUGGGGCACCAACCUGGGUUAUCUAGAAACACCCGGCCAGCUUGAUGUCUCUGAAACCGCAACAUACCGCCUUCCAAUGCAUCGCAGAGUGAGUGACCAAGUCUCCCCUGGCAUCAAGUUUUGUAGUCUGCCUGCUUACGAUUAUCAAUCCGACAUCCGAACGAAUUCUACGCAGAACUCACUAGGCAACCACAUGGAACGAGACUGUUCGCAGCGAUCUGGAGGAAAUUUGCAGUCAGCUGGCGGCUGUGGAGGUAACGAGGGAGAUGACGGCCAAGGAGGGGGAGAACACAGGGGCUGA